UUUAGAUUUUUCCUAGAGUUGUAAAUGCAUUUCCCUCGACCCCUAAGAAUUCGAAAGUAGACUUGUGAGCCUUAGAAGUACAUUCUUUACUCAAAAGGUUAAAAAUGUUCUUUAUAGAGACUCAUCCACAACCUUCACUAUUAUGUUUUUUCGAAUUUGCGACCUUAGCCUUCCUUUUUACUUAUAUUUGAAUUGGUGCAUUUGGCUUAUAAUAAAACCUAAUUCUUGGAGAAGUAUUUCAAAAUCUUCUUAAAGCCUAAUUCAUUUGAAAUGCAAAUGGCCAUGAGCAGGUUUAGGCUUUAGCCGCAGCGGAUCAAGUCGGACCAUGGAAGAGCGGUGGCGCCGCAGGGGGAAAAGUGAUCUUAAUUGAGACCGGUCGAGAGCUGGUGGCGGGGGCUAUCUGGUGCGACGGCGGUGAGCUCACAGCCCUAACGCCUCUCUCUCUCUCUCUCUCUCUCUCCCGGUGCCCAAGCCUAAGCUCAUUCUCUCAGCUUCUCAACAGCUCCCUUUUUGUACAUUGUUAAUUGCCAUACCACAGCUUUCGUCUUGCCUUUCUCCCAUCUGAUGUAACCUUCCGCCCAGCCAUGUCCGACGGGCAAGUCCCACAUCAUUGUAAUUAUAAGUCACCGACGCCGGAUCAACAUUCUGACUCUGCAGAUGAAAGUGUUGUUGCUGCUGCUGCUCCUACGACUGCACCGAACACCGAACAGCUUAAUGAUCCUCCUUCUCACACCGCUUGUUCUUCUGUUGAUUCUUUGGCCAAGGGUAUUUCUUCCACGCUCGUCUCCGUGAUUAAGGGUUUCGAUUCCAGAGCUGAAGAUGCUAUUUCAAGCCAGGACAACCUCUCUUUCGCCAUUGAUCGUCUUACGAGAGAGCUAGACCAACUAUUAGAAGAUGCACCCCUGCCAUUCAUUAUGCAGCACGCUGCCAAGAUUUCUGGAGUUAGAAAGAGAGUUGCAUCAUUGAAUUUGCUUUUAAAAUCGAUACAACGACGUGUUGAUAACAUGGAUCGCAUGCUAUGUGUGGGCUUGCCGCAUGGUUCCCCUGACGCAGAUCUUGGCGUACGUGACAAGCGACAAGCAGGUGUGUAGCGUAGAUUUUUGGCUUUAGAGAAGGCAGGAGGAGUGAAUGUAAAUUAUGAUGGUCAACAAAUUGGUUAUCAGUUUCAAAGUAUGGAAAAGAAAGAAAAGGUGCAGCGGCCUAUUGCCAUUUAUAGAUUUGGUGCGAUGCUGCCCCGCAUCCGCACAAUAAGGGAAACUGAUUUGGUUGACUUGCUGCGCUAUUGACCCACCACGGAAUUCAUUAUGGAAACGUGGGCUGCACAUUACCAUCAAAACAGUAAAUGUUCUGUAUUGUCCAAAACGACUAGCUCCUACAUUUUGAAGUUCUCUCUCUCUCUCUCUCUCUCUCUCUCUCUCUCUAUUUUUUUUUUUAAUUAUAGAUUUACCUAUGCCUUUUUGGCCCUGUAGACAAAAUCUUUCAACUAGUGUAUCAUUGAUUGAUUCUGUUCAAUAUUUUAUUUUUGGUUUU